GCUGGGAGGGCCAAGCUUCCUCACUGCCAGCCAGACGUUCCGAGGCCAGUUGAUAGCAAGCUGCAAGCUAGCUUUAGAUACCUCCUCCCUAGCUCUGAGGCUAGCUAGCCAAAAGGUCCUAGCAUUAGCAAUGGCCAUCGCCGGUGCCCUCUUCCUCCUCUUCUCGACGACCUUCAGUCUCCUCGCCCCGCAAGCCACGGCCGGCGGCUACGGCGGGUGGCAGAGCGCACACGCCACGUUCUACGGUGGCGGCGAUGCUUCCGGCACAAUGGGCGGUGCUUGCGGGUACGGCAACCUGUACAGCCAGGGGUACGGCACGAACACGGCGGCGCUGAGCACGGCGCUGUUCAACGACGGCGCGGCGUGCGGAUCCUGCUACGAGCUGCGGUGCGACAACGACGGGCGGUGGUGCCUGCCGGGCUCCAUCACCGUGACGGCCACCAACUUCUGCCCGCCCAACUACGGCCUCCCCAGCGACGACGGCGGCUGGUGCAACCCGCCGCGCCCGCACUUCGACAUGGCCGAGCCGGCCUUCCUCCACAUCGCGCAGUACCGCGCUGGCAUCGUGCCCGUCGCAUACAGAAGGGUCCCGUGCGUGAAGAAGGGCGGCAUCCGGUUCACCAUCAACGGCCACUCCUACUUCAACCUGGUGCUGGUCACCAACGUGGCCGGCGCCGGCGACGUGCGGUCCGUCUCCAUCAGGGGCUCCCGCACGGGGUGGCAGCCCAUGUCCCGCAACUGGGGCCAGAACUGGCAGAGCAACGCGCACCUGGACGGGCAGAGCCUCUCCUUCCAGGUCACCGCCAGCGACGGCCGCACCGUCACCAGCAACAACGCCGUCCCCGCCGGCUGGCAGUUCGGCCAGACCUUCGAGGGCGGCCAGUUCUAGAGACCAUCGAUCAGCUCCUCCCAUCGAUCACCACAAGCACCGGAGAGAGAUAUUAAUCAUUCGACAAUUAUCGAUUUGUUUUGCUCAUGCAUGCAAGAGGAAGACGAAGCCUCUUCGAUUAUAUUGAAGACAGAAGAGGCUUUGGGCUAUGCUGAGGCUGCUAGUUUAGCACCCGCCUAGACGUUUCCUUCUCUGGGCCAAUUAAAGGAUUGGACCUCUAGCACUAGUACUUGAAGAAGAAAUAAUUGUAAUUUUAAUUCAGCUUUGAAUUUGUUGUCACGUUCUUGUACUGCAUCGGCCUUGUGUGGAAAUCAAAAUUUGCAAGGCCGGGCAUCUAAGGAUGAUGCUCUGCUAGCUUGAGUA